AAUCCAUUGUAAAAGACUUUCCAAGCUCUAAUACAACUGACUUGUGGACUAAGGCUCAUUAACGCCCCAACCACGUAAAAAUCCCGUGUUAAUCUUCUACUUUCCAUAUCAUUAUUCUUAACUAAUAUCCAUUAGUGUGGUUUCCGAAAAUCUCGGUAAACACCCCUAACAUAUGAAAGACCCUUUCAUUUAUGAUUUUGUCUUCUCUCUCUCUCUUUCUCUCUCACAUCCAAGCUCACCCUCACCCAAGCUCUCCCUUCUUCUAAUUCCAAGAUCUCACUCAAAAAAACAAGGCAGCCACCAAGAUUGAAUCGAUCCUGUUAAGAUUUUGAGGUUGUGUUUUGGGGAAGAUUGAAUCCUAUCAAGGCAAAAUAACACUUUGGGUUUCAGAUCCAAAGGCAAAAAAAUUAUGGGUAAGUAUGUUUUCUAUAAAUGUUGUGAUUAAACUUGUUUAUUUACAUUGCCUUAACUAUUUCGAACAGAUCUGUGUCUGCAUUUUUUUUUUACUGUUUCAUGCUCGGAUUAGAACUGAGCUUUUUGGCUUUUUUUUCUGGGUUCUUUGUCUACCUCGACGAGUUUCGAUGAAACUCGAUAUGCCUCGAUGGCUUUAUAACAAUGGAGCCUUGAUGGUCCUUGAUGGAUGUUAGGAAUAGACCACAUCGAUUAGCCACGAUUGUCCUCGAUGGACCUCAAUAGGGACUUGAAGUGUCCUAUAGAUGACCACCUUGACUAACCUCGAUGCUCCUCGAUGGACCUCAACAUGUAUACAAAAUUUCCCAUACUUGGCCACCUCGAUUAGACUCGAUGGUCCUUGAUAGACCUUGAUUUGAUUCAAUUCAUGGCCAUCUCGAUGAGACACAAUGGUCCUCGAUGGACCUCGACAGAUUCGACUGUUUCUAUAUUUGUUACAUACAAUGGUGUUUGGGAACUGGAAUAUAAGGAUUGGAUUUUCUAGGAUGUAGAAAAUCAAGUUCUCCCUUUGGAGAAGAGUGUGACGUACGAGCAAAUGGUUGAAAUUUUGUAAGAUGAGCUUGAAGUGGAUAAAUGUGUGUUCGACUUGAAACUUGAGGUCUCAUAUACAUGCCUCUCACAACCCUUCAAACCUACCAUUAUGAAAAAAGAUAGGCAUGUUCGGCAUUCAUGGGCUUAGCAUUGAAAUCUGUUGAGAAGAUGGUUCCUUUGUGCGUAACAUUGGUUAAGAAUGAUUGUUUAGGAAGUUCUUCGGCUUCUCCCAGUGUUAAUAAAGAAGUUCGAUUUGAAGUGAUCAUUUCUCCCCAAUGUCAUUGUUUCAGGGGAACUCAAAGUGAGGUUGGAAAAUUUGUUCUAGGGACAAAUCCAGACGUUAUUGUCCAUGAUGAUAUCCCUGUUAGAGGCCCGCCACAUGAUCCUGACAUAGCGGAGUACGAGCGCUAUGACUACGAUCCUUAUGUCAAUGACGAUCUGGUUGCUAAUGGAUCAGAAGUUGAUGGGCCAGAUAUUAGGGCAGAUUUGCCAAACCACAGUUUAGAUGUUAUUAUAGUUGAGGAGCGCAGAAGAAAAAAUCGACAAACACAUGGGACCAGCAGUAAUCGUCAAGGUCUAGGUGGAACUAAAGAGAACAAUAUAUGGAGUUCUCCUUUGGACAUAGGCGAAGGUCGUAGAACUUGGAGUGCUCCCAUGUUUAUGAAAGAAGAUAUAGAGGCCUAACAUCGAAAUCAUUCUUCCUCAACUGGCACAACUUCAGGAGUACUGCACCUUGGCG